AUGGUAAAGGAGGCUGUGAAAACUCUCUCAAAAAAUCCUGUAUUUGCUAGGGAUCCUAGACAAGUACAAUUUGAAGGGGACAUUAAUCGCUUGUUUCUUUAUACAAGCUACAAUCUGUUGGGGAAGAAUGCUGAUGAAGCAGAUGCGGAAGAGAUUAUUGAAAUGGCCAGUAAAGCCUCUUUUGCCGAUCAACAAAUACAAGUCCAAGAAAAUGUUCACUCUCAAAUCAAAGCAUUUUGCACAUGCAUGAAUGAAAUUCUUCUUUCAAAUGAAAAGAUGAUGAAUGGCCACUUAGAAUUAUCUCAACAAGCAAACAAUUCACCUCCCCAUGGUGGGCUUAGUUCUGCUAAAGCUGCCUCUAAACAAAGACCAUUAAGUCAAUCUGAAGUCUCUAAGAAGUUAAAGGAUCAAUUUGGUUACACACUUAAUGUUAAACCUUCUCAAAUAUCUCACAAGGAUUCUGGCAAAGGUCUAUUUUUAGAUGGUGCAGUUGAUGUUGGGACUGUACUAGCCUUUUAUCCUGGUGUGGUCUAUUCCCCAGCUUACUAUCAUCAUAUUCCGGGAUAUCUUGAUGAGCAGAACCCAUAUUCGAUUGCAAGAUAUGACGGGACUGUCAUUGACGCCCAACCUUGGGGUUGUGGCGGUGACGGACCAGAACUAUUCGAUGUUAGAAAAAUGUUAGAAAACAAGCUUGAAAAUGAAGGCGCUGAGAAGAGUUCAGAUAGAGUGCGUAAACCUUUGGAAGGCUCCCAGGUAGAUGAUUAUUUAGUUGAGCAUAGAAAUCCAUUAGCCUUAGCUCAUUUAGCUAAUCACCCUGCAAAAGGAAUGUUUUCAAAUGUCAUGAUCUGCCCUUAUGACUUUCCAUUGACUGAAAACAACAUGAGGGUUUACAUACCAAACAUCUUAUUUGGCAAUGCAGAAGUAAACAUCAAGAGAUUUGGAAGCUCUUGGUUCAAAUCUGUAGUUUCAAGAAACAGUGAAUCAAAUGUUCCUAUCCUGAAAACUGUUGUUCUGGUAGCAACUAGGGCUCUUCAAGACGAAGAACUCCUUUUGAACUACAGGUUGAGCAACUCCAAGCAGUGGCCUGAAUGGUAUGCUCCAGUGGAUGAAGAAGAGGACAUGAAUCUGAAAGAUGAAAGUAUCAAAUGUUAA